GACGUUUUCUCUCUUUUUAGAUCAGAGUUGGUCGUCCAAAAUGGCUCACUUCAAUACGAAACGACGAAGUUCUUUUCAGCAGAAAAGUUAUCAGGGAAAAAAGAAACUUGUUUUGAUUUAUACUCCAUUAUUUGACAGAACACCAUGGCCUGGACUGGAAUACUCGUACAACUUUACACAUUUUCGGGGAAAACCGUGUCCCGUUAGAAACUGUCUCAUCUCAUACAACAAGUCUCGAGUUAAAGACAGUGAUGCAGUUCUGUUUCACGCUCGAGAUCUCCCAAGUGCCUUUGAACUGGCAAAAAUACCACGUACUUCUAGGCAGCGAUGGGCCUUCCUCGUACACGAAAACCCGUUUUUUUCGUACAAAAAUCUAUCGGAAUACAAUCAUUUAUUCAACUGGACGAUGACUUAUCGGACAGAUUCGGAUUUCUUCGUGCCCUACAAUUACUAUCGCCGACUGACGCCCGAAGAAUUAUCGACUAUUGAAGAGCCUAAAAACUACGCUGCUAAGAAAGACAAGUUAGUUGCUUGGAUGGUUGGUCACUGCGGAAAACCUCGCGACCAUGUGGUACAGCAACUUUCAAUGUACCUCAAUGUGACCGUGUUUGGAGCAUGCGCAAAACAUUUCAACCAAACUGGAAAUCACUGUCGACGGGGAUCGCGUCGCUGCUCGAGCCUCUUACGAAGGUUUAAAUUCUAUUUGGCGUUUGAAAAUGCAAUGUGUGUGGACUACGUGACCGAGAAGUACUGGUACACACCAUUUGACCACGACAUGGUCCCUGUAGUACUGGGCUCUAACUAUGGACCGGAAGUUGCAAUCCCAGGCUCCUUUAUCAAUGUGCUCGACUUUAAAUCUGUUCGAGCACUGGCCGAAUAUUUGAACUAUCUAGAUGCGAAUGACUCGGCGUACAAUGCGUAUUUUCUUUGGAAAACUAAGUACAAAGUAGAAUAUAGUCUCCCGGUCGUUUGGACAUGUAACAUUUGCGCUGCAUUGAAUAACAACUCAGUCCCUACCAGCAUCUAUCAUGAUUUGGGCUCGUACUGGGGGGUAAAUACAUGCGGAAAGAAUCAAGAUAAACUGGACAAUUUGUUACAAGGUGUUGUACAGAGUGGAACCUUCUAGUUUCUUAGUUAUACUGGAGCAAAGAAUUUGGUAAAGGGUUUUAUAUUUGGCGCUUAUUCAUGCAUUGGAGAUUUCCUGAACUUCGUGUCAUCCGAAUUUGCCCUUCGUUUAGUCGGUUUGAGGCGGACAGCAGACGGGACCUAAACGAAAACUGAACGAAGACUAUACAAAGACUUCGUGACAUCCGAACUUGCCCUUCGUUUAGUCGGUCUAAGGCGGACAGCAGACGGAAACUGAAAGAAAGCUUAACAAAGACUAUACGAUGACUAAAUGGAGACUUUAAGAAGGAAAAGUCCGGAUGUUACGUAGGCUAAUUAAGUUUUCCGCGAGAGACAGGUUUUUAAAAGACCCUUCGUUUGCAAGAAAAUAAAAACAAC